CUUAUGUUAUUCUCUUGCUUUUCCUAUUUAACUCUGAAGUCCCAAAAUUGGCCUUUUGUUUUGAUUUUAUUUUAGGAAUUUUUUUCCUUCUUUACGUCAUUAGAAAAUAAAAAGAAAAAUCUCUGCUGAAAUCAAAAUCCGUCCUUUUUUUUCUCUGCUUCUCACGAUUCGCUUUCCCGAAUUCAAAACCCUAUACUGUUUGUCUGGACCACAAUUGGCUUUGAACACUCUGUCAUUCAGUAGACUAUGGAACAAGAAAAUAACAAAAAUGAAGCUGAUGACAAUACUGCAGAAGACUUGGCAAAAUCACAGUCAUCUGAAGAGAAAGGUCCAAAUUUACUGAAGGCCAAAUCGGAUACUGCAAAGUCGACGGCCAAGAAUUUCUUGAAGACAAGAAAGGCCACUGGUACUUCUGAGGUUCAGAGGAGAAAGAAAAGGAAGAAAAACAAGAGUCUUUCAGAGGGAAGUAAAGAAACUGAAGAGAAUGCUCAGAAGCUAAAUUCAAGGGAAGAAAACCAACAGAAUGCUACCAACAGUACAGAGCAUGUAGAGAAGGUUCAGCGGAUCCAAAAGAACCAAGGUAAUACAUGUGCAUCAGAUAGCCAGGAAAAGAGAGGUAAGCCAAAUCACAAUCCUAAGAAACGAAGAAGGGAAGAGAAGCCUGGCGUUUCAAAUAAAAAUCAGAAGAAUGAAGAAAGGCAGAAAGGUAAGGAAAAGAUAAAACAAAAUGAGCAGAAGGAAAAGCACAAUAAUUCAGAGAAGAAUAAGAAGAAAGAAAUGUGCCAUGGUAAGGAAAAGAAACAAGAAAAUAAGAAGAAAGAAAAGAUUGAUGGUGUAAUAUUUAUGUGCAAUGCAAAGACCAAGCCAGAUUGUUUCCGAUACUGUGUAAUGGGUGUAUCAACAAGUAAAAAAGAUCUUGUUUUAGGUAUCAGACCAGGGCUUAAGCUUUUUCUCUAUGAUUAUGAUCUCAAACUUAUGUAUGGGAUUUAUAAGGCAUCUUCUUCCGGUGGCAUGAAACUUGAGCCUAAGGCUUUUGGUGGGGCUUUUCCUGCUCAGGUGCGGUUCAGUGUCCAAGCUGAUUGUUUUCCUCUGGCAGAGAGCAUUUUCAAGAAGGCAAUCAAGGAAAAUUAUAAUGAAAAACACAAAUUUAAAACUGAACUUACUGCUAGACAAGUUCGGAAGCUCACAGAACUUUUCCGACCAGUUGCAGUUCAUUCAACUGCACUGCCUACCAUCUCCCCAUCAAGGACAGGGGGUCGAAUCCCUGUACGCUAUGAAAAUAGGGAGGCUCAUGAUAGAGCAAGGGAAGCAAGGCCUCCUUCAGAUAGAGAAGCAUCUGCUAGAGACCCUUAUACCAAUGCUAGAACAUGUGCUGUUUUAUCUCAUGAAAGGGAUCAGCAAAUUGGAUAUGGAGAGUUGGUAUUUACUCGGAGAGAGGACAUUCGUCAUGAUUUAUACCUGAGUGAGAAGGAAUACAGGGCUUAUGGUCUUCAGGGAGAGAGAAGAAACUUGGCUCUUCAGCAUCAUGUCGCUCCUACAUCAGCGUCUUACCGGAGAGAUUAUGGGGAGCAGCUUAUAAGACAACCAGACACUGUAUAUGGGGAAUCUGUGCCUAUGCAGAGAGAUAUAAUUCGCUCUGAUCCUCCUUACUUGACUGAGAGAGAGUAUCGGACUUAUGAUUUGGGUGCUACACAAGAUAUGCAAUCAACAGUUUCUCCAACAACUACAAAUACAUCAGUAGCUGCUGCUUCUACUUUGGACUCCUUUGCUAUGGAUUCGUAUUAUAGUCGUUAUUAUGGUGUUCCAUUGGUGGACUCUUACCUGCCACGACCUAGAGGACAGGCAAACCUGAUUGAGACUGACCAUUUGAGGAGGAGAGAAAGCAACCAAGUGGAUGAAUUGUAUCCCACAUAUGAUUCUAAUGCUUUGGCGGAACAUAACCAGAUGCAUCGUCAUUAUCAAGUUGUUAAGCCUGAAGCUUCUUCUACAUCAGUUUCAUCCCGGUAUUCUUUUCCUGGGGCCACUUUGUCUUAUCGCACAACGACAUUUAGUAAGCAAUUUCUAGCAAGCACUGCACGCCAAUUGUCAAGUAGAAAGAGAGAUAUGGGACAGUGCUUGUCGGGUGAUGUGAGUGGAGGCCAGCAGGCCUUAGGUCAUAUGUCAAUGCUUGAGGGUAAUGUAGGACGAAACGACGCAGUUGAUUUCUUCUUCAGGUCUCGAGGUCAACAUUCUCCUUCCACAGGAAUUGAGUUAUCUUUAUCAGCUUCAAAGUUGAGUGAUCGCGACAUCACAUCAAAGAGCGACCCAAUGGCAAUUCUGUAUGCAAAGCGAAAAGAUGGGUCACUCAAGGAACUUGGUCGCACGGAAGUUAUACUGAACAACUUGAAUCCUGCUUGGGUUGAGAAGAUUCAUCUUACUUAUCAGUUUGAGACAGUUCAAUCUUUAGUUUUUCAUGUAUAUGAUGUGGAUUCCGUAUAUCAUAAUGUACCUAUGAAGAUGCUAAAGUUGAGUGAUCAAGACUUUUUGGGAGAAGCAAAUUGUGUUCUAUCUGAGAUACUGACCAAACGAAAUCAGACAUUAACUCUAAAUCUCCAAAGCAAACAUGGGCAUGGAGGUUCGAGAAACUUAGGGAUGCUCACUGUCCAUGCUGAAGAAACAGUUGCUUCUAGAACUAUAGUUGAGAUGGUAUUACGUUGUUCCCAAUUGGACAACAAGGACCUGUUUUCUAAGAGUGAUCCUUUCUUAAGAAUAUCAAAAAUAGCUGAAAGUGUAGGUUGUGUCCCUAUAUACAAGACAGAGGUGGUAAACAACGAUCUAAAUCCAGUUUGGAAGCCCUUAUGUCUUACCAUGCAGCAUUAUGGAAGCAAGGAUAACCCGUUAAUUCUCGAGUGUUUUGAUUUUAACAGCAGCGGCAACCAUGUACUUAUUGGAAAAAUUCAGAAAUCAGUUUCAGAGUUGGAAAAACUUUACAAAGAAAAAAGCGGUGCAAAUUUGGUUCUGUCAUCUCGUCAAGGUCAUGAUAAGGUUCUAAAGGGUCAGCUCUUUGUAGAUCAAUUUAUUGAGAAGCCACGAUUCAGUUUUCUGGAUUAUAUAUCCAGUGGAUUCCAGCUAAAUUUCAUGGUUGCAGUUGACUUUACAUCAUCAAAUGGACUUCCUCGAAAUCCAACUUCUUUGCACUAUAUUGAUCCGUUAGGCAGAUUAAAUUCUUACCAGCAGGCUAUAAUGGAGGUUGGGGAGGUUAUACAAUUUUAUGAUUCUGAUAAGCGCUUUCCUGCUUGGGGUUUUGGAGCGAAGACAUUUUCUAACACUAGUUUAUCACAUUGUUUUAACUUGGACAUAACCAAUGGCUAUCAGGAGGUUGAAGGAGUUGAAGGCAUCAUGGCUGCUUAUGCUAGUGCUAUUUACAAUGUUACUCUGUCAGGACCUACCGUAUUUGGCCAAGUGAUCGACAGGGCUGCGCAACUUGCUAGUUUCUCAUAUGACAGCACAAAAUAUUUUGUCUUGCUCAUUAUAACUGAUGGAGUCCUAACUGAUAUUCAAGAAACAAAAGAUGCCGUGGUAAAGACAACCGAUCUUCCUUUGUCUAUCCUCAUAGUUGGAGUGGGAGAUGCAGAUUUUAAACAAAUGGAGAUCCUGGAUGCGGACGAUGGAUGCCCGUUGGUGAGUUCUAAUGGUCGGGUAGCAACCCGAGACAUUGUACAAUUUGUUCCAAUGCGAGAAGUACAUGGAGGGCAGAUUUCUCUUGUUGAAGCUCUUCUGCAAGAGCUGCCUGGACAGUUUUUGACUUACAUGCAAUCCAGAAAUAUUAAACCAUAUGGUUUCGUUGCUUGAAAGGCAUUCUAUCACCCCAAAACUUCACAGAAAACAUUGUUAAUAUCAUGAUUAAGACUGAUUGUAGUUUUUCCUUUUUACUUUUUCAAGCACAAACAGUAGAACUAUAUAUCAAUCAGCUGAAUUUAGGUUGCAAUUCUCUCUCAACUAUAAAUCUUGGCCUGAGCUAAAAAGGGUAGGAGGCUGUGGCCAAGCCAUAGGAGACUUCGAAUAAUUGUACUAUAAUAAUGGAUGUUUUGAGUCUACUAUUGCUCAUUGCUAUCCUUGAGAAGAAUGUUAAUCUAGAUUGUACAAUAAUUUCU